AUGCAGGGGAUUGCAAGGUUUCCGAAAGUCAUUGAGGCCAUAGACGGAACCCAUAUUGACAUUGCCUCACCCAAUCAAAAUGAAGAAAUUUAUGUAAACAGAAAAGGAAAACAUAGUAUAAAUGUUCAAGUUGUUUUUGACGGAUGGUACAAUAUAAUUGAUGUUGUUGCACGCUGGCCUGGAUCCGUGCAUGACAGUAGAGUUUUACGAGAAAGCUCAUUAAACAACCUUUUUGAGAAUGGCCACAUGCCACACGGUUUCCAUCUGCUUGGGGACAGCGGCUAUCCAACCAAAAGGUGGCUGCUUACCCCUUUCCUAGCUCCGCAAACCCAGGCCGAACAAGCCUAUAACAGGAGCCACAAAGUCACUCGAGCUUUGGCUGAGAGAGGGAUAGGUCAGUUAAAGAGGAGAUUUGGCAUUCUUCAUAGGGAAAUAAUCCUCCAGCCAAUUAAAGUGUGCAGGUGA